AAGUUUGAAAAGGAUUUGAAUAGAGAAAACUCUCAAAACAUUUGAGAAAGAGCUGAAACACGGAAUUCCAAUGGGUCAAAACUGGAGAGUUCUCAUUCAUUGGCACCUACCACAUCUUAUUGGUCUCGGUCUACAACGGAAGAAGAAAAUGCAACCGAUGUAGGGCGUUGAUAAAGUUGCACUCAUCCCCUGACUGCAGAAGAAGAGAGAUCCAGGUCUUCUAUUUAAUGGCUUCACCCGAUGGCUUUCACGUGACACGAGUCUUCACAUAUUGCUGGAUUCGAUUGACGACUUGUUUUCAUAAAAAAAGGACAACUACGCAAGCGGACCUCAGGCGAGAGACGAUUUUGAAAAUGGUUUAUCCCGACUGCUAGUUCAGCAGACGAAUCUAGGUUUAGAACUUGAUAACAUUACUGAACAGUCAAAGCCUUCCAUCAAUUCCUGCUGAAAAAUGAAACUUCGUUCUCGGCCUACGUUAGAAGAGUCUUUGAUGGUCGACCAUCCGUGCAACUAGAACACGCCCGAAGAAAAAUUACCGACUUCGACGAAUCUUUAUACGCUCACGUGUUCACUGAAGAAGUUGAUCGUUUUAUCGUGACACGUGAUCGACAGGCAGUGCUAUUGCAGAAGAUUUUGCACUUGACGUCAUCCCCGAAUUUGUUUUCAAAAAUGCUUAUUUGGAAUUGGGUAAUUCUCUGGUGGUCCUUCAGCGAAAAUCGAUAAUUUGGCAGCCAUCGUCACUUCUGCCCCAAUUACAAGAACCCAUCCUUGCCGAUUUGUUUGAAUUACAGAAGAAAAAUCGAACGUUGGCUGAGGCUCGGUCUGUUCUCAUUUCUGCCAUAACACGUCUUCCCUCGUGAUACCAAGCCACUAAUCACAAGCAAAGUGGGCAAUCAUUCAGAUUCACACUCACAUUUCCUAAACUGAAAUUAGAAACGAAACUAAACGUUAAUCAGUAAUACGCGCAAGACUUCCGCGUCUUUGGGUGCUGUACAAGAAGGUCGGCGGUGCGGGGACCAUCAAGCAUGGUUAGACAGUCAAAAUCAAAUCAAAUGCCUUAGAUACAUCAGGGGAGGUCCUACGUGACGAUCUUUGAAACGAAGAUCUUGAAGAGACGAUCUUGUAGUGAGAAGAAGUUGUACAAGGAAGGUCAGCCAAUCGGAAGUUGAAACGCCCAACAAAGUUGGGUGUGACUGCAAAGUGGAGUGGGUAUCGGCCUUUCGUCUCAUGACCUUAUUAAUAAUAUUUAAACCUUUUCUGGUACGAGAUUGAUUUCUUUCCUCCGAUUAAUGCUUAUUUCAAGGUGAUCCCGUACACUGAUUUGGCUUUUUUUUGUUUACCUGUUUAAUUACCAUUGCCAACCUGUCGAGGAUGUUUACACCAGUUUACGCAACACGCUUAUGGGUGACAACCAACAUCUCUUUUAUGAGAGAACGAAAAACGAGGUGGGAGCAAGAGUGGACUGGUUAGUCUAUAUAAACCCCGUUUGGCUGUGGACGGGUCCAUCGAGUGUUCAACUCAAGAACGAAUUCCACCGACAUAUUUCGGCGUAACAAGUAUUUUGUACAGGUAUUUUGUACAGACAUUUUGGCGUAACAGUCGUUUGUUACUCUUCACUCAUCAACCACGAAAGAUUGCAGUUAAUUAAACAAAGACAGAGUUUGUUUCGCCAUAACAAAGAGUCUAGGGAAAGCCCCGGACAAACCCGUUCUUGUUAUAAGAACACGAAGCAUUUAAGGAAAUGUUUGCUUCAGCCAUAAUAUUUGCAGCUGCUGUCCCACUGGUAUUGGCAAACAACGCCCCAACCUAUUCUAGUGAUGUCUCCAGUACGGCCGACAAUUCGUGUGAGAAUUAUCCUCCGCUUAGUGGUGCAAAAGUUCCACAAAAUGGAAAAGCGUCUAAUUCUUCUUAUCCUGAUGAUGGCUGUGGAGACUAUUCUGUCCGAUUUAAGGGCGAUGGAUACUGUUAUUCACUUCUGAAGAAAGGACCUUGUGAGAAUGUGUUAUUUUGGAUUACGGUCGACCCGUAUACUUACGAGGGAAUAUGCACUCCUCGCCUUUGUGGCAGAGAAAAAGUGUUCGUCGGUCGAGAUGGUCUUUGUCACGAUGUUUACGAUACUAAAGAGUGUCGCGGAGGUAGGCGUCUUUAUUACUCGGCUUACGGAGAUCCAAUUUGUGAUUGUCCUAUUGGGCAAUAUCCAUUCCCAUCGGAAGAAGACGAUUGCGUUCCUUUAUUUACUCAAGGGCCGUGUCCAACCAAUCAGGUUGUAUCCGUUAGUUCAUCUGGUAAAUUAGAGUGUUUCCCCAACACUUGUCAACUUGUUGAUAGAUAUCAGGACUGCCUCCUGCAAUUGGUCCCAGUUAAACAAUCAAGAAUAAGUAACGAUGACAACGGCGAUGAAUAUGGAUACUGCUAUGGGUUAGGCACUCGUGGACCUUGCUCACCUUCUGAACUUUUUGGUUACAACAUCUUUCACUGUCAGGGAGAGUGUGUUGACAUGGAUGACCCUAGAACGCCUUACUUUUCUUCUCCGGAAGAGAAUGCAAUUUUAGAUGAUGUCUUUGAUCGGGCCGCAAACGAACCCAUAAAAACAAAGAAUAACAAAAGUAAUACGUUUUUAUGUGCACAACGGUUAUCAAGAAAACGAAGACAAGGUAUCAAUACUUUUGGGAUAUUCCAACAGACAAGUAGAAUUCCAACAUCUCUCCUAAAUCCUUGUCAACCUGGCGGUCGAAACGGAAAUAAUUUCAAGUGUGCAAAUCCUUUGGUUCCUAGUAGACCCAUACGUGACGUUAGUAAGCCUGUCAGUCCUGCUUUCGGUUGCCGACCAAAUGAUUUCUUGCGAGCUACUGGACAAUGCGGUAGCAACCGUGUGCCAGCUAGCUGCGGACCUUCUUACAAAUUCAUCAAAGCUACAAACCAAUGUAGACCAAUUCGCUUUUGAAUUAAAUUCGCUUUGUAAUUAAAGAAUAUAGUGGAUAAUCCUGAAAUUCAACACAACUAAUUUCGUAAUUGAUGCGAAAAUACAAGUUUCUUAAUAUC